ACUCGUGUGCUGGUGACCCAUGGACUGAGCUACCUGCCCCAGGCCGACCUGAUCCUGGUCCUGGUGGAGGGGCAGAUCACAGAGAUGGGCUCCUACCAGCACCUCAUGGCCACAGAAGGAGCCUUUGCUGAGUUUCUGCGAACAUACGCUGCCGUUGAACGCACUGACAGCAAUGAACCUGUGGCAAAUAGUGGAACCAAAGGAGCAGAGAAUGGCAUUGUUACUGCUCUUCUUGGUAGUCAAAGUGUCGACAGUGUGUCCAAACUGUCUCAGACGGGUAACCAGGAACUAAGCAAGGAAGCCAAACACCCCGAGCUGGGCAAACUGACAGAGGCUGACAAGGCCAGCACCGGACAGGUAGGUGGAGGCUUUUGA